AUGAAUGUUCCUCUGUACCUGCUGAGUCUGACCGUGGCUCAGCUGGUCUGCGCCGCCGCCGCAGCGGAGGAGCGCGUCCGGCCUCCGCAGGACGGGCUCGCAUCGGGACGCAGGACGUGCAGGCUGUACUGUCGGGUCGGCAUCGGGUUCCAUCUCCAGAUUCACCCCGACGGCAGAGUCAACGGCAGCCAUGAGCCCAACCAGAUGAGUGUCCUGGAGCUGGUUGCGAUUUCUCAGGGGGUCAUCGGCAUCAGAGGGGUUCACAGCAGCAGAUUCCUGGCCAUGAACAGGAGAGGACGGCUGCAUGCCACGGAGGGGUUCUCAGACGACUGCAAGUUCAGAGAGCGUUUCCAGGAGAACAGCUACAACACGUAUGCUUCUGUGAUCCACAGGAACCACCGGACUGGGCGAGACUGGUACGUGGCCCUCAAUAAGAGGGGCAAGGCCAAGAUGGGCUCCAGCCCACGGGUCAAAUCCCAGCACGUCUCCACCCACUUCCUACCCAGGGUCAGCAGGCACGACGACAGCGAGCGAAGCUUCCAGAUCUCCGAGAGGAGCCACGAGAGGAGGAAAAAACCCCCGCCGCCUCCACCCCCCAAAUCUCCACCGCUGAAACCCAAAGUCCAUGCAGAAACCGGACAGAGACGCAUACAAGUCAAAUACUGGCCCAAGUACAGGUUUGGGUAGGCUCACGGCCGUUACAUGUUUCUGAGAAACAUUCAAAUCAUUCCAGAAAUCGAUGAAGUGGAGGAGAAACUUUAAAGGGCUUUUUUGAAGCCAUCGUCACAUUUUGGAGGUUUUGCUGUCGAGACGAAGACCCUCUGUCCUGUUUUAUGUUGCCGUCAGCACUCUUCAACCCUGGUGCUGAGGGCAUCUGUCCUGCCCGUUUUAGACGAUGCCCCACUGCAGCACACCUGAUCCCAAUGAUUGGAUCGGCUUGUCACAAAGGUC